CCGUGGCGCACGCAGGGCGGCAAGAGCGCAGGGGCUGGAGCGUUGAUCCCCCUUCUAUCCCCUGUCCCCAACCCUUCACCCUCUUCACCGCUUCACCUGGCGUAUCUCCUGAACCCGGAACCUCGGGCGCCCGGAACCACGGUGGCGUAGCGCGGGCGCCGCAGACCCGGAGGACGAUGGAGGGGACGCGCGGGCCGGGGGCCGACGCUCCAGAGGAGGAGGACACGGGGGCGGCCAUGGCGGCUGUGGUGGCGGCGGCGGGUGGCGCGGGCCCAGCCGUCCUGCAGGUGGCUGGGCUCUACCGGGGCCUGUGCGCGGUGCGGAGCCGCGCCCUGAGCCUGGGGUUCGUUUCACCCGCACAGCUGCGCGUGUUCCCUGUGCGCCUCGGCUCGGGCGGGCCAUCUGGGGGCGCGGAGGGCAGUGGGGUCGGUGCCGAGCUUGAGGCCAACCCCUUCUACGACCGCUACCGGGACAAGAUCCAGCAGCUGCGCAGGUCUGACCCAGCUGCUUUUGAGUCUCGCCUGGAGAAGCGCAUUGAGUUUCAGAAGCAGCCAGUGGGGCACUCCCGACAAGGUGAUUUUAUCAAAUGUGUGGAGAAGAGAGAUGCCUUGGGGAAACAGUCUAUGAGUAGAGGAUUCACUAAAGACAAGACUCUCAGUUCAAUCUUUAACAUUGAGAUGGUGAAAGACAAAACUGCAGAAGAAAUAAAACAGAUUUGGCAGCAGUAUUUUGCAGCAAAAGAUACAGUCUAUGCAGUUAUUCCUAAAGAAAAGUUUGAUUUGAUCUGGAACCGGGCUCAGUCCUGUCCAACAUUUCUGUGUGCACUACCAAGAAGGGAAGGUUAUGAGUUCUUUGUAGGACAAUGGACAGGUACUGAACUCCACUUCACUGCACUUAUAAAUAUUCAGACCCGAGGGGACACUGCGGCCAGCCAACUGAUUUUAUAUCACUACCCUGAACUUAAGGAAGAAAAGGGCAUAGUGCUGAUGACAGCAGAAAUGGAUUCCACUUUUCUGAAUGUUGCUGAGGCACAGUGCAUUGCCAACCAAGUCCAGCUCUUCUAUGGCACUGAUCGGAAAGAGACCUAUGGUUUAGUGGAGACCUUUAACCUCAGACCAAAUGAGUUCAAAUAUAUGUCUGUCAUCGCUGAAUUGGAGCAAAGUGGACUUGGAACAGAACUGAAAUGUACCCAGAACCAAGAUAAGACUUAGAGUUGUAAAGUUUGGCCCUUCAUAGAGCAGCUCAGCCCUGGAUAACCUAGAACCCACCCAUCCUCCCUUGAACUUAAAGAGCUCAGCAUUUAAUGAGCAGUCUGUGUUGAGUUGCCCUGUGUGCUUAUGGCAAAAAAGGAUUAUGGAGAUGAGCCCUAAUACUUAAUAUUCAAGAAUAGAGGUACCCACAUGUUCUGAUAAUUACCUCUCAGCACAUUUGAGAUUUCCUUUUAAGUGUUUCUGGUCAUAACAAGAGAUAGCCAGGAAUCUGUAGUUUGGUUGACUUGAUUUUACAUAGUGUAACAGUGCAGUUGCUCAUUGCUCCCAGUUAUGCAUCUUUGUGAACUUGUGACAUGAUGAUAAACUUGAAGGUCUGUAGUUAGAUAUGGGCUUUAUAUACUUUUCCCAUGUGCCAGUCAGCUAGCCAAAGGCACAACCCAAAUAUCCUGUUAGCCUCUAAUAUAUGUUAUUAUAUAUUACUUCCAUCUAGAUGCCCCCCAGAGUUUCCUGUAGUGUAGCUGGUUUGGGGUAUCAGCAGAUUUCAGGUACAAUUAGAUAAAUAGAGACAGUGCCUGCACAUUGUUAAACCACAGUUUGUGGUACCUAUGCCUCUAACUCUGCCUGUUAGAAGCUAUGCAUUCGAAGGGGAUGAAUCAGUACAGUGUAAAUAAAGCACUUUUUUAAGGAGGAGAUUAUUCCAGAUUUGCAUGAUUUUUUUUUUUAACAACUAAGCAUUACAUGGAAAAAUGGAUAGAUGCACACGUCCCCAGAUUGUGAGAAAAUGUAGCAAUAAUAAAAUCUGGCUCACAGUCUGUUAUACAAAAUAGUAAAAUCUAAGCUGUGUGCUGUCUGUCCAUGGGGUCAGUGCUAUGGGCUGAUUUUAUCAAAACAUCUUGGAGAUGGAAAUGUGGCUCAGUGGUAGAGCACUUGCCUAGCAUGAAUGAGGCCCUGGAUUUGAUGCUCAACACCAAAAAAAAAAAAAAAAAAAACAAAAAAAAAAACACUUCAUCUUGGCACUCAGCAAUUUCUUGAAACUCCAGAAAUAAGAAAAUUGUUCUUCAGCACUGGAAACUCAUGUGUAGUUUAUAGUAUCACUGUUAUGGCUCCAAGCUCAGUAAUAGAAGAGAAUGAUAGUUACACACCAUCCUUCUGAGCUCAGGGUCCCUGCUACCCCCACUAUUAUUGUCAGUCACCUGCACCACACUUCCCUUUUCUUUAUCUAAUGUGCUCUACUUGUCUGCUGCCCCUGCAUAAGAUCUGGGUAACACUGAAAAUGGUGAGUAGAAAUUUAAGCAGUUUUUGCUGUGUGCUUGCAUGUGUGUAUAUGUGUGUUCUUCAUUAUGGAAGAUUUAUAGGUUGGGCCUAUCUACAAGCUUUUAAAAAGGACUGGAUUCCCAUUUUUUUUUUUGAGCUGAGUAUUUUGUUGUACUUCUGAGUCAGUGUGUAGAGAGAUAGUGCAGAUAGAGUUUGUUUUAACUUACAGAAGCUGCUAUCUUUUCCACAAUUUCUCCAAAGAUUGAGCCAUUUCCAGCAGGCAUGCCUGUAAUCCCAGCUACUCAGGAGGCUGGCAGGAGGAUGGUAAUGUUGAGGUAAUCCUGAGCAAUUUAGCAAGACCCUGACUCAAAAUAAAAUUUAAAAAGCGCUAGGGAUAUAGUUCAGUGGUAGAGUACUUGCUCAGCUUGUGCAGGGCUCUGGGUUCAAUCCCCAGUACCACAGAAGAAAAUGAAAAAUGCCGAGCUAAUUGCAAACUCUGGACCAACCCUUGGUCCUGACAGUUCAUCUUUUGAGAAACUUAACUGGUAUCAGCCCACCAUUUUCCUUCAAUGCCCGCCACAGUUCUGAAUACUUUGUAUCCAAGAAUCUUUGCUGUCAGGCGGGGUUGCAUUCAUGGGUACGUAGUUGUUUGCCUUUCCCUCUAGACAGACCCGGUUAGUACCUUCCACCACCACCCCCCUCCCAGUACCAGGCACUGUACCACUGAGCUACAUCUCCACCUCCCCAGAUCUACACACACACUUUUUUUUUUUUUUUUGGACAGCAUCUCACUGAGUUGCCUAGGCAGGCCUCAAACUUCCAAUUCUCCUGCCUCAACUUCUCAAAUCACUUGGAUUACAGGCAUGCAGCACCAUACCCAGUGCCAUAGUACACCUCCACUGGAGGUAGGAUGAUGAUGGAAAAAGAAGAAACAGCCACCUGUUUUAUGGUUCCUCUCAGCUUUACCCUCAAUCCCAACUUGCCAAAGAAGGAUGUAUCCAUGGAUAAAUUAUAUUGGGUGUGACUAAAGUACCAUCUGGCUGUUCUUUAUAUUUAUUUACCUAGAGAGAUCUGACAAAGAACUAAAAGAAAGUUGUAACAUUUAAUCCAUUAAUUUGUCCCCUGGUACCAGUAUGGUGUUAUAGAAAGUUGACAGACUUUAAAGUUAAGAGAAUCUGGGUUCAAAUAUCAGUGUUGCUUUUCAUUAACUAUAAUGUUGAAUAAAUUAAACUCUCUAAUUCUCAUUUUUUCAUCUGCAAAAUAAGGAUUAUUAUACCUACCUCAUAGGACUAUUUUAAGAAUUAAGUUAACUUAUAAAUAGACUAUAAUAGAACUUGAUAAAUGGCAACCCCUUCCUCUACUUCCCCUGCUCCUCAUUAAAGACCAACAGUUUAAUAUUUCAGAUGUACAGAUAAUUCCUCAUUCCAAUUAAAGGACAAACCCUAACUCACUGGUUCUCAAAUGGAUUCGCUCAGUGUUUUAAAAUGCAGAUACCCAGGCCCCUGACCUUAAUCAGAAUGUUGGAUGCUGGGAAUCUGCAUUUUAAUAAUGUACUCCAGAGACUUCUGAUGUAAGUAAUCAUUGAGCCACACUUUGAGAACCAUUAUCUUAUUUAUCUUUCACGAAAAUGUCCAUUAGCUGGGUCUUGUCUUUCCUAUAGACAUUGACCAUAGGAUUUAGGUUGUUCUGCUCUUUAUCUUCCAUAGUGGUCCCCUUUGCAUAUUCUAGUUACAUUAUAUUUAUUCUUGUGUCUUUUCCCCACUAGACUGUAAGCUCCUUGAGGGUCAGGAUUUACCUCUGUUUCCAGCAUCAAGAAUAUGACCUGGACCAUAGAAGAUAUUCAGUUUUCUGUGGUUUAAAUAAAUGACAUGGAUUUUAACCAAAACAUUA